AUGGAGCGGCGGAACAUCAUGAACCUCGUGCUGCUGUUCGGGGGCGUGCUCCCGGCCGUCGGCGGCCUCGCGAUCCCGUACGUGCUCUUCUUCAUCCCGCGCGGCGGCGGCGGCGGCGGCGGCGGCCUGCCGGCGCUCACCAAGGCCGGCGACGCCGUGACCUUCGACUCCUGGCUCGGCAGCCACAAGGUCGGGGACCGCGAGCUCGUCCAGGGCCUCAAGGGCGACGCGACGUACCUCAUCGUCGACGAGGACAAGACGAUCCGCGACUACGGCAUCAACGCCGUCUGCACGCACCUCGGCUGCGUCGUGCCCUGGAACAAGGCCGCCAACAAGUACAUGUGCCCCUGCCACGGCUCCCAGUACGACCAGACGGGCAAGGUCGUCCGCGGCCCCGCGCCGCUCUCCCUUGCGCUCGCGCACAUCACGGACGACAAGGGCGUCGUCACCUUCUCGCCCUGGACGGAGACCGACUUCCGCACGGGCCUCAAGCCCUGGUGGAAGUAG